GCCCCGCCCCCCGGCGCCGCCGUGACCCCGCGGCCGAUCACUUCCAGGGCGGCCCCGGCUCCCGAUUUGAAAAUGCAGGAGUGGUUGCUGGUGCUGCUGUGCGCGCUGGCGCGGCGGCGGGCCAUGGCCGGGGCUGGUGGCUGGGACGGGCCGCAGCGGCGCGCCUGGCUCCGGCACUACUACAGCCAGCGGCAGAAACGCCUCAUGACGCUCCUGAUUGCUCGCCGGAGGAGAACCAGCUGCUACUUCUACCCCCGCGCCUGGCCCAGCAUCAGGAGUGCAGACUGGUGGGAACGGGUGGUCCUGAAGGAGUUUGGGCCCCAGGACUGGCUGGAGAAGUUUCGGAUGUCCAAGGAGACUUUCUUCUAUGUCUGCAACCAGCUGCGGCCCGGGCUGGCUCCGCACAGCGCCCGCUUCCACCCCCUCCUGCCCCUGGAGAAGAGGGUGGCUGUGGCCUUGUGGCACUUGGCCACCAACGUAGAGUACCAGACUCUCAGCCCGCUCUUUGGCGUGGGGCCUUCUACAGUGCAGAUGUGUGUCCAGGAGGUGAGCUAUGCCAUUGUCUUGCUGCUGAAACCCCUCUACCUCCGGCUGCCCAACGAGAAGGAGCUGGAGAACAUGGUACGCAUCUUCCGUACCCGCUGGGGCUUCCCGCACUGCAUUGGCGCCCUGGACAGCCUUCACAUCCCCAUCCACCCACCCCUGCGCCUCAGCGCUGACUACUGCAACGGCCAGGGCUGGCACUCCAUCCUGAUGCAGGCCACCGUGGAUGGGUUGGGCCAGUUCUGGGAUGUCUCCACCACCUUCCCUGGCAGCAUGGAGAACAGUGCGGUCCUGGAGAGCUCCAGCCUGUGGGUGCUGGCCAAGGAGGGCCGGCUGUGCCCCAAUCCUCCAAAGCAUUUCAUGGGGAAGGCGCAGAAGUACGUGCUGCUGGGUGAUGCCACCUACCCCUUGCAAGACUGGAUCCUCAAGCCCUACCAGGAGGACGAGAACCUCACCCAGCAGCAGCUGCAGUUCAACUACCGCCUGAAGCGGGCGCACAGUGUGAUCGAGAACGCCUUCCUGCGUCUGAAGGCACGCUGGCAGAUCCUCCUGAAGUGUGACGACUGCAGCCUGGAGCUGCUGCCCACCCUUGUCCUUGCCUGCUGCAUCCUGCACAACGUCUGUGAAGCCCACGACAACCCCUUCAACGAGGAGUGGCUGGAGGGCACUGAGCCGACUGAGCUGCCCAAGCCCUGCCAGCCCGCGCCCGCUGCCAUGGAGGAUGGCCGGGCCGAGCAAGUGCGUGAGCUGAUGUGCCAGUACUUCGAGAGCUGCGGGGAGGGCUGAUGGGGCUGGGGGGAGAAACAGCCCUGCGCAUCCUUGCUCACAGACUUCACUCAGGCUCCGGCAAACGUUGGCCCAGCGGUACCGGGCUGUUUGACAAAGGACCGCACCCUCUCACCUCUGCUGAAAGCAGCCUGCAGAGUGAGGAAAGCUGCCGGCUGCACCAGCCAUUCCCAGGAAAAGGAGGGGGGUGGCUGCAUCACACUCGUGCUGGUUUUGCUGCGGUGGUUUCAGGCAGUGGAAUGUAUUUUGAGCCCUUGCUCUCUCCCAGGA